AUGGUCACCGUCCCAUUGAGACUCCGAUGGAGGGGCUUGAACUCUAUUUGUGCUUACUCUAGCCGCAAGUACACAAACACCAAAAAUCCGCAAGCUAGCCCCUCGCACAUCGUCCUCGUCGCUACCAAACAAUGGCAACCUCUCGCCAUCGACCUCCUGAACCCGUCCGCCGACUACGAGCGCAAGCAGCACAAGCUCAAGCGUCUCGUACAGUCCCCCAACUCGUACUUCAUGGACGUAAAGUGCUCUGGGUGCUUCGCCAUCACCACCGUCUUCUCACACGCACAGACCGUCGUCCUCUGCGGAUCGUGCUCCAGCGUCCUCUGCCAGCCCACAGGCGGAAAGGCCCGUCUCACAGAGGGCUCCUCGUACAGAAGGAAGAACUAA